ACGCGGAGCGCCGGACCCGCAACGGCUGGGGCUGCGAGAGCUGCGGUGGCCGGCACGGCGGAAGCGAGGAGGACCGAAGGGGUCCCGGGCCCGGCUCCCGCGCCGGGGUGGAGCGCCAUGGACGAAGCAGGCAGCUGCGCGAGCGGCGGAGGCUUCCGCCCGGGCGUGGACAGCCUGGACGAGCCGCCCAACAGCCGCAUCUUCCUGGUGAUCAGCAAGUACACGCCGGAAUCGGUGCUGAGGGAGCGCUUCUCGCCCUUCGGGGAGAUCCAGGACAUCUGGGUGGUGCGGGACAAGCACACGAAGGAGUCCAAGGGCAUCGCCUUUGUCAAGUUCGCUCGCAGCUCGCAGGCCUGCAGGGCCAUGGAGGAGAUGCACGGCCAGUGCCUCAGCCCCAACGACACCAAACCCAUCAAGGUUUUCAUUGCUCAGUCCAGAUCAUCUGGAAGUCACCGAGAUGUUGAAGAUGAAGAACUUACAAGAAUAUUUGUUAUGAUACCAAAGUCCUACACGGAAGAAGAUCUACGGGAAAAAUUUAAGGUGUAUGGAGAUAUCGAGUAUUGCAGCAUUAUUAAGAAUAAAGUUACCGGAGAAAGUAAAGGUUUGGGCUAUGUUCGAUACUUAAAACCAUCACAAGCUGCCCAAGCAAUAGAAAAUUGUGAUCGAAGUUUUAGGGCAAUCUUGGCUGAACCUAAAAAUAAAGCAUCUGAAUCCUCAGAACAAGAUUAUUAUAGUAACAUGAGGCAGGAGACUUUGGGACAUGAACCUAGAGUAAAUAUGUUUCCAUUUGGUAAGUGGGAAUCUGAAUUUUCAAGUUUUGACAAGAAUGACAACAGAGGCCAGGAAGCUAUCUCCAAACGCCUGUCAGUUGUAUCAAGAGUUCCUUUCACUGAAGAGCAGCUUUUCAGCAUUUUUGAUAUAGUACCAGGAUUGGAAUAUUGUGAAGUUCAACGAGAUCCUUAUUCUAAUUAUGGUCAUGGAGUGGUUCAGUAUUUUAAUGUAGCAUCAGCUAUUUAUGCAAAAUACAAGUUACAUGGAUUUCAGUACCCCCCCGGGAAUCGGAUAGGUGUUUCCUUCAUUGAUGAUGGGAGUAACGCAACAGAUCUCCUUAGAAAAAUGGCAACGCAGAUGGUAGCUGCACAGCUUGCAUCAAUGGUGUGGAAUAACCCAAGUCAGCAGCAAUUUCUGCAAUUUGGAGGAAGUUCUGGAUCACAGAUGCCUCAAAUCCAGACAGAUGUUGUACUUCCAUCAUGCAAAAAAAAAGCCCCUCCUGAAACUCCUGUGAAAGAAAGACUUUUUAUCGUGUUUAAUCCUCAUCCUUUACCUUUAGAUGUAUUAGAGGAUAUAUUCUGUCGUUUCGGUAACCUGAUCGAGGUUUACCUUGUGUCAGGAAAAAAUGUGGGGUAUGCCAAGUAUGCAGAUAGAAUAAGCGCUAAUGAUGCCAUUACCGCUUUACAUGGAAAGAUCCUGAAUGGAGUCAGACUUAAAGUUAUGCUGGCGGAUUCCCCAAGAGAAGAAUCUAACAAACGACAAAGAACUUACUGAUUCUUGAGAACAAAGACUAAGUAAUGACAUAAUCCUCAGCUGACUGACUGAAAAUGUGACUGGACGCACUCCCUGUGGACAGUUGACAGCUUUUUUUUUUCAUAUACCUGAUAGUCUGUGCACAAAAUUGUUUUGUCUGGGGAACAGGAAUUGUUGACAUGUAUUUUUGAAUCCACACAUUAAUGCUAAAACUGAUAUGAUAGUUGUUUCUUAGAGCAAUAUGUUGUUAUGUGCAGCGGAAAUAAAGUUUUCUUUGCUUAACUAAA